GUAAUAAUACAGGUCCACUCAGGAUGAGACUCGAUGAAUGCGGCGGCCGGCGUGCCAUGCAACGUCGUCUCGCGGCACGACAUGUCACAUCAUUUCCAAGUCUGAGGGCGCCUCGCAUUCGUCGCAUUCGUCAAUAAGGCAUUUCUGGCAGUCUCAGGCCAAUUAUGUCUUUCCUUCGCGUCCUUUCGCAUUGCUCAAAAGGAGUCAGCCUGACUUCGCGACCAUCUUCGCAUCGCCCUUCAGGAAACUUCUACACUGCCUCCACAAGGCUUCGUGAUAGGGAAGCCUUGAUAGUAUUUGAACUUACGUAUGAAUACCUUCUCCGCCGUCUACUCACUCAACCAGACAGCUCACGUAUGCGCCCGAUCCCUUGACAUAUCGAUCGUCUGCCCCGUUUCUUCCUUGUCUUCAAGUCACAUCUCUAAGCCUGACUCUACUCCCACUCUACUAUGGGUAUGGGCGACUACUCGCCGGGCAGCGUAUGGUACUACGCACCCAACAAGGCCGCCCCAAUCAUGUUCAUCGUCCUAUUCCUUGUCUCAGGAGUCCUUCACGCCUACCAGACAAUGAAACACAAAUCCUGGCGCACGACCCUUCUUCUCCCCUGGGCCUCCCUCCUAAUGAUUGCAGGCUUCAGUAUGCGCCUAGCGGGCGCCUACCACACCUCCUCCCUUGGAAUUCUCAUCGCAUCCACAGUCCUGAUCAUGUCUGGGCCGCCCGUGUACGCACUGAUAAACUAUUUCGUGCUCUCGCGCCUGCUGUACUACAUGCCGUACCUGGCGCCCCUGCACCCGGGGCGUGUGGCAACAACCUUCAUCGGUCUGGACGGGGUGUGCGAGAUCCUUAUCGGCAACGGGGCGUGGCGCAUGGCGAACAGCAGCAUGACUGCAUCUCAGCGGCAGGCGGGUGCGAAUAUGGUCAUGGCGAGUCUGAGUCUGCAAGCCGCGCUGUUCGCGGGGUUUGGGGUGCUGGCUGCGCUGUUCCAUCGUAAGGCGCUGCGGGCGGGCGUGCUGACGAGGGGGACGAAGACGGUACUGUGUGUUAUGUAUGUCUCUGCUGCAAUUGUCACGGUGAGGUGUAUAUACCGCUUGGUCGAGUAUGUUAUGGGGUGGGACAGCGAGAUCUAUAAGAACGAGGUGUAUUUUUGGGUCUUCGAGGCGGGUAUCAUGUGGAUCAACACCGCGCUGCUCAACGUAUUUCACCCUGGCAAACGACUCCCGCGCUCGAACGGGACUUUUCUUACGAAAGAUGGCGUUACAGAGCGUCGAGGGCCCGGUUGGGACGAUGAUCGUCCGUGGCCCGUCACCAUCUUCGAUCCACUGGAUAUCUGGGGGUUGAUUCGGGGCAAGGAUAGGGAGACGAAGUUCUGGGAUAUGAGUGACGAAGAGCUGGAGCGUGUGCGGCUUGAGAAGAAAGCCAACAAGCGGAGCGUAGUGGGUGCGCUGUUGGAUCCGUUCAGACUUUGGGGCGAGAGAGGGUAUGUUGAGAGGCACUUUUUGAAAAAGAAUAAAGUGGCCGGUAGGCGGGAGUGGGACAGGGCGGCCAGAAAUUGUGAGGAUACGAAUGUCUCGGAGGCUAGAGGCUAGAGGUCUUAUGUAGGAGAUCGCUGUGGCUUUUUGCUUUCAACAAUUAACGUUGUUAUGCUCGCAUGGCAGCUCGAGGUUGGAAUC